CACACACUGCCAGGAUCCCAUGUAGAAGUGCAAUCUGGUAUAAAAUUGUGUUAAUCCUACAGUGCAGAUGCACACAUAUUCCAAGGGCAGAUUUACUCUCUUUUGAUGCAAAUCGUUGCCAGGCCUGGUUCUUUGGACCAGCUGAAGUUUCCAAAUACAUACAUAAUUAUUCAUACAAAAUAUUAUAAAUAAUAAUAUUAUUUUCUAUUGUUUAUAUAUUGAAAUAUAUACAAAUAUAGGUAAAGGUUUCCCCUGACGUUAAGUCCAGUCAUGUCAGUCUGGGGGUUGGUGCUCAUCUCCAUUUCUAAGCCAAAGAGCCGGCGUUGUCCGUAGACACCUCUAGGUCAUGUGGCCACUGGCAUGACUGCAUGGAGCACUGUUACCUUCCCACUGGAGCGGUACCUAUUGAUCUACUCACAUUUGCAUGUUUUUGAACUGCUAGGUUGGCAGAAGCUGGAGCUAACAGCGAUCGCUCACUCCGCUCCCCGGAUUCGAACCUGCGACCGUUCGGUCUGAAAGUUCAGCAGCUCAGCGCUUUAACACACUGUGCCACCGAAGGCUCCAUAUACAAAUAUAAGCAUAAUAAUAAUAAUGCUACAUCUCUAUAUUACUCCCAUCUGCAGCAAACAUUGAAUGAGGAGUGAAACAUGGCCGAGUCAGAGAGGACAGAGGAAGAAUCGGAGAGAAGCACACUGAGAGACUUGCCGUCAGAGAUGGAAUCAUUGCUGCCGCCGUCUGCCGUCCGGCCACUCUCUCCGCAGACGGACGCCCGAUGGAAGGCCGUCUUCUACAAGAGUGUCCAGUCAAGGGCUUUGGACCUGCAGGAGCGGAGGGUGGCCAAGUUCAACCAGGAGAAGGCCUUGGAGAAGAAGACAGAGAGGAAGGAGCCGCCGGACGCUCUGGCCCGGGAGUGGUUCGACGACGAGCGAGCGGCCUUGGAAACCCGGGCUUACCUUCUGGACAAGCUCCUUCCCACCUUGGUCCCCGGAGUGGAGAAGCUGCUGCGGGUGGCGGAGAGGAAGAAGGCCCUGGAGAAGCUGGAGCCCCGCAAGUUCGACCCCAUUACCUUUCUGGGGGAGUACCUGAUGAGGAACAACCCGGCCUUCCAACUUUCGGCAACCUUGGAUCCCUACCAGCGGGGCGUGAAGGCCGUCACGGAGGAGCUGAAGACCAAGGUGCCCAAGACCACGCAACACAAGCUCGCCGAGAUGAAGGCUUUGGUGGAAGAGAGGCGGCACGAGCGGGAAGAAGUGGACAAGAUCAAGGACCACGUGAAGGACAUACGGAGGCGGGCGCUGGGCAUGCAGUUCAGGGAGUGGACGCAGGACAUCACUGGGCGCAUUCCCCUUGAGCUGAUCCAGAGUGCCCUGAGGUCAUUCCUGGAAGUCAUGCGCUUAGUACCUGAAGCAGGGAGCUAUGCCAGGCCCCUGGAAGCAGUCGGGACGCUGGAGGUGAAGGUGAACGAAGAGGAGUGCAUAGAGUAUCUCCUUUCCUACGUCAAGAAUUUCAACAGCGACCAGUUUGAACAGCUGCUGAGACAUCUACUUCAAUGCGCCAACGAUGCCCGAGACGCCAUCAGGCACGACGUCUGGAGGCAGAUGUUUGUCCAGCUCUUCCUUGACUGCGACCACGGACAGGUGGGACUCCUGGACCGAGCAAGAGUGUUUUCCUUGCUGAAAUAUUAUUAUGACAACUGUCUGCGAGAUGCCAGGAAAGGGUACCGCGACCCAAGGAAAUGGCCCAUGGCCGAACUGGAAGACAUCGAACUGAUGGAGUUUUGGGGGAAUAUGGAGGACGACGAGCCCAUUGUCACUACCGCUGUUGUUUCGGAGGAAUCUCUUCCAGGGUUAUCCGCAGAGGCCUUGGUACUUAACAACGUCCUGAAGGACAUCCUUUCCGAUAUGGAAGUGGGCAAAGUGCAGGACACCCUGGAAGAUCAGGCGGCCGCGAUCCCAGAGCAAGAUGGACAGGUGACCAUUACUGUAGAAGACGAGAGUCAAGUUGUUCCAGUGACAGAACAGGCAGAACAGACAACUCAGGAAGUGACGGUUCCCGAGGAAGGCUCCCCGGAGAAGGUUGAAGUGACAGUUCCCGAGGAAGGAUCCCCGGAGAAGGUUGAAGUGUCAGUUCCCGCAGAAGGCUCCCCGGAGAAGGUUGAAGAGACGGUUCUGGAGGAAGGAUCCCCAGAAAAGGUUGAAGUGGCAGUUCCGGAAGAAGGCUCCCUGGAGAAGGUUGAGCCGACCGCCGAAGACACUGGAACUGUGGAUGAAGGAGUGGAACCUGAAACCAUCCCCGAGAUGCCGCCAGAGCUCCUUGUGGAAGAAAAGGAGGCUGAUGAGGGCGAGCGACCAGAAAAAUUGAGUCCACCACCCGCCUCAGAGCCAGUGGAGAUGCCUGCUCCCACUCCAUCCCUCUCCCAGACAGCCACCAACCUCCAGCAAGUGCUGGACCAAGAGUUGGGCCCAGACGUAGAGGGAACUUCCACAGAUCAGGUUCCUGGUGUGCAGGAUGCUGGGGUAGAAGAGGCCGCUGCAAAGGAGGAAGAGCAUGGAGAGAAGACGGACGCAGGCGAGGUGGAGGAGCAACGCCCAGCUAGCAUUGUGGAGCCACCGAGCCAGUCAUCAGGAGAACAGGCUACAGGUCUAUUGCUUUCGCCCGCCAAGCAGCCCAGCAAGGAAGCCAAAAGAGAGGUUCAGCUGAUCUACGGAGAGCCUUGGUCCGGUGACUUUCGGGCGGCUGACCUGUCCUUCAAGUAUGCCGAUUAUGGGAAGGAGAUCCGGGAGGACUGGAACAAUGAAAACUCCAGGUUUCCAGACCUGCGCAUGAACAUGGUGGAGAUCCAGGCCCGUGGCCCCCCGUCCUCUAUUUCCACUUUUGAGAAGGACUUUCUCGACCUGCCACAGUUCGUCCAGCUCCUGGAGACCUUUGUGGGCGAAGAAACAUCCCUGCCGAAUCUGAAGAAGAUGGUGGAGUUUGUGAAGGGUGGAUAUGUCCAGACGGAGAGAGAAAAAAUCAAGCAGUUGGAGCAAAUCCAUCACAGAUCCUUCUUGGUCUGGAAGCAGCUGCUCUUGGCGGCCCUCUUUGAGAAAUGGGACAACGAAUGCUCUGGGUUUUUAGAUAUGAAAGAGGUGGACGCUGUUCUCGCCACCUUCAAGGAAGGGAUGGAGGAAGAGGCUUUGAAUAAAGCCAAGCUCCAGCUGCCCAUCCCGCAGUGGCAUCCCAGUGGGAUCGUGAAGCUCUCCUGCAAGGACUUCCAGACCUACAUGGAGCUGGUGGUCUCAGAGCUGACGGGCAACGAGGACGAGGUCCUGGACAGCCUGGUGGAGUUCCUCAUGAUGGCUGUGGACUGGACGCACCUGGAACGGCUACGAGGAAGUGCCCGGCGGAAGUGGCUCCUGGGGAUCGCGCAGACGGCCAAAGUCAGCGGGGGCUGCAUGGAGCCCGUCUACCAGGCCCUCUUCAAGACGCUUUCUCGGGAUGCAGAUGCCCACGGAAAGAACAAGAGGAUCAGUGCCUACGUCGCCCUUUUGGAAUACAAUCUCAUCAACCCAACCCGGGGGGACAUCCUCCUCCGCUACGUGGCCUGCACCGAAGACGAUGCCCCUUACGUCCUGAACAAACCCCUUUUCAUGGAUAUGAAAGGAAUCAGCUUUGCCGCAGCCCUGCAGGACAAGCCCAUCCAUGUCCCCCGUGUCCAGCUGCACGGAAACAUCCACUUCUGGAAUUGCGACCGGCUCCCGAAGGACAGGACAGGCUCGUUCUUGGUCCUGCCGCUGGAGGACAUCCGAAGAAGAGUCUUCGGCGUUCUGGGGCUGGACACCCUCCGGGACAAGAGCGACCAGACCAUCUUCGUCCCCCACGAAAUCCGUUUCUAUCAGGGAGCCGCAAACACCUUCAGCGUGUCCUACCACCACAUCCGCACCCAGGACUGUCUCAAGCAGGUGAUCAUCUCGGCAGUGGGAUGGAUUUCCACCCAGACGACCAGGCUUCAGAGCAUCACAGCCUACUUUAUGGAGCCGAGCGAGAACCGGAUGCAGGACUACACUCUACGCAAAGUGAUGACUUCGGAUCUGAAGGAGACGAACGAGCUCCAUCCCUCUCCAGCUCCGGUGCUCAGCAGGAAAGAUGACUUCUUUAGUGGUUUCCUGUUCAGGUGCAUCGACUGUUCCAUGGUGGUCAUGGCUUCCACCAAUGAAGAACACCACAUCGCCGUUCCCCUGAGGAACCCGGAGGGCCAGGCCAUCGCCGUGCUCGACAUCAACCUCGGACGCUGGCCAAAGCUGCCUUCUUGCGAGCACAAGGACCUGCAGAAGAUGCUCAAGAUGACGCAGGCCGCCACCUACGAGAUACUGAAGGAGGACGCGGGAGACCUGGAGCCAUAUUAUAUCUUAGAGGCAGAGUACGUCGGGGACUGGCGGCGCGGCGGGGUCCUCUUCUACCGCUUCCUGCUCCAGGACCUGCAGAACUGCAUCUGGAACCUCGACCCCUGGGACUCCUUCAGUGACAUCCGGUGCUUCGAGCAGCCGCCGCUUCUGGUACACACCAUCCUGAAGUGCACCUUGCUGGUGCUGAACCCUCAGUGGGCCGGAACGGAGGCCGUCGAGAACUGGGACCGCUGCAUCCAGAAAUUUGAUGGGGAACUUAUAGAAAACAUCUGCUAUUUUGAUCCAACUGCUGCCUAUGUGGAGACUACACCGGAGGUUAUCUACAACAGCCUUCAAGGGACACAGCGGUACGCGGUGUGGAGGUUUGGCUCGGCUCCGCUGGAAUAUCUCUACAAUUGGAUCCAUGCCUGCCUUGCUCUCAUUGAAAUGGCGAAGAAGCUGAAGCACCAGCCCCGCUCGGCCUUUCCUUCCUCCUCGGUGCUGCUGACGCCUGCUUUGUCACGUUCACUCCGCUCCUCACAGAUCUCGACCUAUGGGACCAUUUCCUUGAAUUAAAUAGCCUCCUUAUUCCUGCGGGUGUAUCAUAUGUAUUUUGCGAAAUAAACGUAUGUGAAACGGCA